AUGUUCUCCAAGGCUCUCGCUCUCACUCUUGCCGCCGUCGCUGCCGUGCAGGCCCACCACCACAACGGAACCUGGACCACCGUCACCGAGGUCGUUGACAAAUACACGACCUACUGCCCGGAGCCCACGCACCUGACCGUCAACCACAAGACUUACACCGUCACCGAGGCCUGCACCUACACCAUUACCGACUGCCCCUGCACCGUCACCAAGACUAUCCCUGCGCUCCCUACUACGCUUCCAACCUACGGCCCCGGCCCCGUCAACAAUGUACCUGGUGACAACGCCGGAAACAACGCCGGAAACAACGCCGGAAACAACGCUGGUAACAACGCUGGCAAUAACGCUUACAACAAUGCCAACCAGAGCGGCAACAAUGCUCCCUCGCCCACCACGCCGGUUGUUCCCGUCGUCGCCGGCGCCGGCCAGAACGCUGCCGCCUACGGCAUGGCCUUUGCCGGUGCCAUUGCCGCUGCCGCCAUUGCCCUGUAA